AUGGGCAUAGAGACGCUUCCUGAUGUCGAGGAAUCGACAGAGCCUCCUAUAUGUGCCCUAAGGGAGUACACUUCAAAUCCACAGGGAACUGCUGCCCUAAGCUUUGAGCCCUGCGACGCCAAUGAAAAGCCAACCCUAGAGCCGACCAGUCAUAGUCUGCCUCCUAGCGGUGACCUGCACGUAUCACCCGAGCCCUUGCAAAGUCUUGAAGAUCAAAUCAGAAAUACCCAUCUUCUGGAGCCAGCUAGAAUUGCUGAGCUCCUCCGAACAGAUCUCAACAAUGGUCUCUCCAAAGUCGAGGCCAACGAGCGCCUCCAGAAAGAUGGUCCUAAUUCCGUCCAGGAAGUCAAGAGCAUCUCCGUCUGGGGGAUACUGCUGAGGCAGGUGUCCAACAGUCUGACUAUAGUCCUACUCAUUACCAUGGCUCUCUCCUUUGGAAUUGACGAUUACAUCGAAGGUGGAGUCAUAACAGCCGUGAUUCUCCUGAAUAUCAUCGUGGGCUUUUUCCAAGACUAUCGAGCAGAAAAGACCAUACUAUCACUGCACCGCCUCUCCGCACCAGAAUGCAAAGUCAUCCGCGAUGGCCGAGUGAAUACCGUCAAGGCCGAAUCUUUGGUGGUUGGAGACAUAGUCCGGCUGGCGGUUGGAGACAUUGUGCCCGCAGACCUACGACUUUUUGAAGGAAUGAAUGCUUCAAUGGAUGAAGCAUUACUGACGGGAGAGUCUUUGCCGGUACUGAAAACACCGAAUGCCACCCUGGUAUCCCCGGACAUCCCCAUCGGCGAUCGCACAAAUAUGGCAUAUUCAGGAUGCAGUACUACCCAGGGUCGAGCAACGGGAGUCGUGGUUGCUACUGGCAUGAACACUGAGGUUGGAAAGAUUGCCCAACUGCUUCAGGAAAACGGACAUUCUGGCGAGGGAAGCUCAUUCGCAAGGGCAUUGAAGCGAGUCAAGACUUCAGGUGCAAAGAUUCUAGGUCUAGUUGGAACUCCUCUGCAGGUUAAGCUGAGCAAGUUUGCCCUACUGCUUUUCGCUCUUGCGAUUUUGCUGGCCAUCAUUGUCUUUUCGGUCAAUUUGUGGGACGUCCAGGGUGAAGUUUUGAUUUACGGAAUCUGCGUAGCUGUGGCAGUGAUUCCGGAAUCUUUGAUCGCAGUGCUCACGAUUACGAUUGCCGUGGGUACAAAGGCCAUGGCUCGGGGGAAUGUCAUCGUUCGAAAGCUGCAGUGUCUGGAAGCCGUCGGGGGUGUCACAAAUAUUUGCUCAGAUAAGACUGGAACUUUGACCCAGGGCAAGAUGAUCGCUCGCUCUGCAUGGAUCCCCAGUGCUGGAACUUUGUCAGUACGCCAGACGACUGACCCAUAUGACCCGACAAGCGGGAUUGUCCAGCUGGAUGAGAUCAAUUGGAAUUCAGAUUACCCUGUUGAGCAACACCCGGCUCUCCAUACAUUCCUCUCGUCCAUUUCUCUUUGCAAUCUAUCGGCGGUGCAUUGUGACAACAAUGUCUGGACUGCUGUCGGCGAACCGACGGAGAUAGCCCUACACGUCCUUGCCAUGCGUUUUGACUUUGGCAAAAGUGCGGUGAUGGCCAGACGUGGAAUAGAGCUGCAUACUGAGUAUCCUUUUGACUCGGCGAUUAAGAGAAUGUCAGUCAUCUACCGGAACCCCGCAGAGAAGGUGAACGAGACAUACACGAAGGGUGCACCCGAGGCGGUUAUCCCGUCACUGUCAAUUUCCGAUGACGAACGGCGUGUCAUUCGAGAGACUGCAGAUAGAAUGGCAGGCGAAGGUCUCCGUGUUCUCUGCAUAGCCUACAAAAGAUCACCCAUCAACGAUGAUAAGCAAGUGUCCCCGCGAAGCGCUGCUGAAUAUAAUUUGCAAUUCGGCGGACUAGUUGGCCUUUACGACCCUCCUCGAGUUGAGACGGCUGCAGCAGUGCGCAAAUGCCAGAUGGCAGGCAUUACUGUUCAUAUGUUGACGGGAGAUCAUAUCAAGACGGCAACGGCUAUCGCCUCCGAAGUUGGAAUCCUUGAUCGAGUCACGGCCAUUGCAAAGUCAAGACAUCUAGUCAUGGCUGCGGAUGAGUUUGACAGGUUGACGGACGAGGAAGUUGACCAAAUUGAAGAAUUACCUUUGGUCAUUGCACGUUGCAGUCCCGCGACCAAGGUCCGCAUGGUUGAAGCAAUGCAUCGUCGUCAAGCAUUCUGCGUGAUGACGGGUGAUGGAGUUAACGAUUCACCUGCCCUGAAGAGAGCAGAUGUCGGUAUUGCCAUGGGAAAGAACGGAAGUGAUGUGGCCAAAGAGGCUGCGGACAUGGUUCUCACGGAUGACAACUUUUCGUCUAUCGUCAAAGCCGUUGAAGAGGGGAGGAGACUGUUUGAUAAUAUUCAGAAGUUCCUCAUGCACCUGCUCAUUUCGAACAUUGCGCAAGUGAUUCUGCUUCUCAUUGCUCUUGCAUUCAAGGAUACCGGAGGAAACUCCGUGUUUCCUCUCUCCCCAUUGGAGAUAUUAUGGGCCAACCUGGUCACAUCCUCGUUCCUGGCCGUCGGACUAGGUCUCGAGGAAUCUCAACCCGAUAUCAUGUAUCGCCCUCCGCAUGACCUGCGCGUCGGAGUAUUCACACGGGAGCUCAUCGUCGACAAAAUGAUAUACGGAACUUUCAUGGGCUCCUUAUGCCUAGUCGCAUUCGUCUGUGUCAUCUACGCCGCUGGAACCGGUGCCUCAGACCUGGGCGAUGGCUGCAACCAAGGCUACAACUCAACCUGCGACACUGUGUUCCGGGCACGCGCCACAACGUAUGCAACCCUGACCUUCCUCCUGCUCGUGACAGCCUGGGAAGUGAAACAUUUCUCGCGAUCCUUAUUCAACAUGGAUCCCAUCCGAUACCCGCAACGGCUCUCGAUCUUCCCCACCCUUUGGCAAAACCGGUUCUUGUUCUGGGCUGUCAUGGCCGGGUUUAUAGUUGCUUUCCCUGUGAUCUAUCUUCCUGUCGUGAAUCAGCUUGUUUUCAAGCAUCAUGCCAUUACGUGGGAAUGGGGUGUCGUGUUUGGUUGCACGGCUACUUAUCUGCUUUGUGUGGAAAGUUGGAAGGCCGUCAAGCGUGCAUUUGGUAUUGGGAGUGGUAAAAACGCCAUUCUUACUUUGGAAGAUGCAGAAACUCGGGUUGGUCUGAAUACCCCGACACCGCUGUCGAUGAGUGCCAAUGCAAGUGUGGAGUUGAAGUGA